AUUUCAUUUGCAGUAAAAGAGAAAGGAGAAGAAGAGUGUUUGACUCUAUUGAAAGAAAAAAAAAUGGUUAUUAAGAGAAAUAAUCCAUUUUAAUUUUAAUUAAUCAUAAUUAAUCUUUUGGGAUUAUUGGAGGGAAUGGUUGAGCGGUUAAUUUAACUCUCUCUCUUUCUCUCUCUAUAUUCUUUCUCUCUCUAAAGUGGUGUGUUAGCUUGAAGAAGAAGAAGGUGUGCGCAGGUUAAGCGAAUCUGCUUUAGUCAGUAGUGGCGUAGGUUAAGGAGUUUGGUUUUGGUGGUGGUGGUGGUCGACGGAGGAGGAAGAAGAGGAGAGAAUCUUUGAAUUGAUUGAUUGAUGAUCGAUGUCGAAAAUGAAGCAUCUACUGAGGAAGCUCCACAUCGGAGGCGGUGGUAUCAAUGAGCAGCAACACCAAAGAUUGGGUGAGACUACGAGACCUGUUACUACUCCGAUUUCGAAUCAGAGUUCUAGUUCGGCUUCGAUUCCUUCGACUUCUAGUUCGGCUACAAUGGUGGGGAGAAUCGGAGUCGUUGAUUCUUCGAUUGGUGAUCGUACGGUUGUUGAUGGUGGUAGUGGUAGUGGUAGCGGUGGCGGUGGUGGUGGUGGUGGUGAGUGUGUGGAUUUUAAUUUCUUGGAGGAGGAGUUUCAGGUGCAGUUGGCUUUAGCGAUUAGUGCUUCCGAUCCCGAUUCGCGUGAGGAUCCUGAGUCGGCUCAGAUCGAUGCCGCGAAGCGGAUUAGUUUGGGUUGUUCGGCUGCGGUUUCUGAUAAUAAAGGCCGCGUCGAUAUUCUUUCGCUUCAUUAUUGGAGCUAUAAUGUUGUAAAUUACACUGAGAAAGUGGUGGAUGGGUUUUAUGACGUAUAUACUGUUUCUUCAAACUCACUUGCCCAAGGAAGGAUGCCAUUAUUGGCUGAUCUCCAAGUACUAUCUGUUUCAGAUAAUGUUGAUUAUGAAGUAAUUUUGGUUAACCGAAUGUUGGAUUCUGAACUACGACAGCUUGAGAAAAGGGCAUCUGAUAUAUCAUUGGAGUGUCAAGGUUCUGACCAUGGUCUAAUUUUUAGUGGAUUGAUACAGAAAAUUGCUGACAUUGUUGUGGAUAAAAUGGGUGGUCCGGUUGGUGAUGCUGAUGAUAUGACUAGAAAAUGGACCAUGCGGAGGAAUGAGUUACGGAAUACUUUAAAAACUAUUAUACUUCCCAUUGGACGUCUUGAUUUUGGACUAUCACGCCACAGGGCCUUGCUCUUUAAGGUCCUAGCUGAUAGGAUAAAUCUUCCAUGUAUGCUGGUCAAAGGAAGUUACUACACCGGUACCGAUGAUGGAGCUGUGAACUUGAUUAAAAUUGAAGAUGGAAGUGAAUUCAUCAUUGAUCUUAUGGGUGCUCCGGGCACCCUGAUACCUGCGGAGGUACCCAGUAGUCAGCUUCCUAGUUCGUUCCUUGAUAUAAGGAGCUUAGCAGAUGUCACUGUAAUGCCCACGGGUCUGAGAAUGUUGCAUGAUGAAGGAGUUGAAACACCACUGUCAAAAGAUGGGAGUUCAAGAUCAGAUGAAGCAUUAUUUUUGGACACUCAGGCAACAGAGGAUGCAAGGCGUUUGGUUGAAGAAAAUCAAAAUGAGAGAUGUGAAAAUGAAUUUGCAAAGUACUUUCCAUCACCCCAGAGAUCAGGUCAGAGUUCCUUGGUUGCUGGUGGAAAAGCAUCUUCUGCACAAAAGAAGAGAGUCAAGAAUGUAUCAAAGUAUGUUAUCAGUGCUGCAAAAGACCCAGAAUUUGCACAGAAACUACAUGCUGUCUUGUUAGAAAGUGGAGCAACACCUCCUCCCGAUUUGUUUUCGGAUAUACCACAGGAUGUUGAUGAAGACAGAAUGGGAGAUCGAAGAAUUGUGGUUGAUGGGGUUCAAUAUCACCAGGAUAACUUGUUUUCAUACCAGGAACAGUCUCUUGUGCCCAUUUCUGAAGGGGAUUGCCCAAGCUAUAUUGAUAGCGAUAUAGUUCAAAAACAAGCUGCUGAAGGUUUUGCUCAGAAACAAAAUGAACUGGAUAUUAUGUCUAAACUUCCCCUGACAUCCGAUGCCACUGACCAGGGAUACAUGUUUGCUGCUAAUAAUAUUGACGAACCUAUCCAGACUGAUUCUUUAAGUGUAGCUAUGGUUCCUGUUAACCCACCAAGACAAUACCCAAGUGCUCUGCGAGAGGAGCAAGUUAAUGAGCAUGCCUUUCCUUUCGAAGCUAACUCUUUUCGAAGACAUGUUGAUACUGCCUAUUUUAGUGAUAGAAAGAAGUUCUCCCAGGAUACAAAUAAAUUUGAUUUGGGAAAGGUAUCUGCAGCUAAAGGAAUGGAAACGGCCACAAGUCGAUUGUGUUCUGACUCUGAAAAUGAGAGAAUCAAUGCUGUUCUCGGGGAAGCUCCAGAGUGGGAAAUUCAGUGGGAGGAUCUUCGGAUUGGUGAGCGAAUUGGUAUUGGUUCAUAUGGAGAGGUUUAUCAUGGUGAUUGGAAUGGCACUUACCUCCAAGGAGACAGCAAAUAUCAAUAUAUUCAGCAAUUGAACAUGUUUGAAGUUGCUGUGAAGAAGUUUUUAAAUCAAGAUUUUUCUGGGGAGGCAUUACUUCAGUUUAGAAGUGAAGUUGAAAUCAUGUUGAGACUCAGACAUCCAAAUGUAGUCCUUUUCAUGGGAGCAGUUACUCGGUCCCCGCAUUUCUCUAUACUGACUGAGUUCCUUCCCAGGGGGAGUUUAUUUAAACUACUGCAUCGUCCUAACCCGCAACUUGACGAAAAGAGAAGAAUGAAAAUGGCGCUGGAUGUGGCCAAGGGAAUGAAUUACUUGCACACCAGCCAUCCUACAAUUGUUCAUCGAGAUUUGAAGUCUCCAAAUCUCCUAGUUGAUAAAAAUUGGGUUGUUAAGGUUUGUGAUUUUGGUUUGUCGCGCAUGAAGCACCACACUUUUCUGUCGUCAAAGUCCACUGCUGGAACGCCUGAAUGGAUGGCACCAGAGGUGUUAAGGAACGAACCAGCCAAUGAAAAGUGUGAUGUGUACAGUUUUGGCGUGAUAUUAUGGGAAUUGACCACUGCUUGUAUUCCAUGGAAAGGAUUGAACCCGAUGCAGGUUGUUGGAGCUGUCGGAUUCCAGAAUAGGCGUCUAGAAAUUCCAGAAGAGGUUGAUCCAGAAUUAGCCCAGAUAAUCCGUGAUUGUUGGGAAAGAGAUCCGAACUUAAGACCAUCAUUCUCACAGCUCAUGGUUCGUCUCCGGCGUCUCCAACAUCUUGUUGAGAGAAAAAACUCUAAUAAGUAAACAACCGAACAACCGAUAAAUAAAAGUAAAGAAAAAAAAAAAGGAUUUGUCCCCCUAUGCUCGAAGAGUUAGGGGUUUGAUUAGUUAAUUUUCCUUCAAUACAAAAGAAAAAGAAGGAAAAAAAAAGAAGAAAGAAAGUUGAAUUGGAUUGGGAAGUGUUAGGCUCAUUCAAAGUGGGGGCUGAGCAUAGCCUAAUCCCUUCUAUUGAAGAUUUUUAGUCUUUACUAGAAAGAAAACUAGUACAACUUAUCUUAGUAGUGAGGUACCAAGGUAGUAUGGUACAUCAAUCCAAGUGUAAGAAAAUUUUCUUUUGAAAAAAAGGAAAAAAAAAAGAAAAAGAAAAAAAGAUGAAAAGAAACAAACAAUAAAUUUGUUAUUGUGUAUCUGUAGAGAUCUAGUUAGGGAAUUGUAAACAUGUGAUCUCUGCAGAUUAUUGUGAAGAAUUAAAAAAAAAAUACCCCAAAAAAAUGAGAAUUUGAAACAAAGAAAUUAUGCAACAAAAAAGCUUCCAUUGCUGUUUUAUUCUUUUUUUAUUUAUUUUUUUUUUCAUUUUUUCAAAUUUAUUGAUUUUUGGUUGCUUAAAUAUUUUUGAAGGGCUAUUCUUAAAAUUGUUGGAAGUCAUGUAUUUUUCUGUGUGAUAAUGAUGAGUAUGCUAUGUUUAUUUUAGGAUGUUACUAAAUUGUUUUUUUUUUUCUUUUUUACUGGUAUAAUCUUAUUUUUUCCAAAAGGAUAGAUUAGAGAAAAUAUAGAAAUUAUUAAAUAGUUUUAAUUCUCAUGGGUGACUGAAAUAAUUUAUGAUCCUUGAUAAAAAAUAAAUGAUGUCAAUUGUUGAAACAUUGAUAAAUAAAAACCACAUAAAGACUAGUAUUUUAAUUUGACUUAAUAUUUUUAUUAAGUAAAACAUUAUCUCUAAUCUAUUAUAUAUUUCACAAAAGCUGUCUUGUUAAAGCAAAAAAGAAAAAAUCACAAAAGUUGUGAUGAAAAUGUUAGAACAUACUAUAAACAUAUACUAGAUAUAAGGUUAUCUUUAUUCUCUAGAAUAGUUACUGAACUUUCUUAUCAAGAAGAGAAGUAUCAUUGAAGCUAUGAUAACUUGGAGAAGAAGAAGUCUUGUGUUCUGGGCGAAAACUCGGCCAAAGAAAAGCGCCUAUGGCGAAAUCCCUCUUGUAAGCUAAGUCGCCGUGAGUUGGCAAGCCAUACUCGUUGAGAAGGCGAUCGAGCUUCCACUCGGGCAUGUCUUGGUAAUCCUUCUUGGUGUACCUCGGGUAGUGAAGUGGCAUCUGAAAAUAGCUAAUUCCAUUACUUGCAUCUUUCUUUAGACUCCCCAUCUUAUAGUAUAGAUUGUUAUAUUCUUUCUCCUUAACAAUGUUUUUCUUCUCAAACAUUUAUUUACUCAAACUAUAUGAGUAGUAUUAUGAGGAGUGAAAAUUAUGUAUGU